AAAGUAAAUUCCAAUUUCCAAAUGUAAUAACCGUAUCGUACAAUUUUCAUUGGUUUAUUUUUCCUAUAAGUAAAUGAGAGAAUAGUUAUUUCCUUCGCGCAUUUUCAUUCGAGAUCGCACCUUACUCUCAAUAGGCCAAAGCGGUGUUAGAAAAUAAGCGGAUCUGGUGUGUUUUUAAGUGAAAUUUAUAUGUAAAAUCGCAUCAUGUUGAUUCCUGCUGUAUUGUUGAAUUUAGCCGUCGUUGCGUUGUUUCUUACGACAGUUUCAUUUAGUGGAUUAAUGAUAUGGCGUGAGAGCAAGAAUCCUCAAAAUACAACCACAGUCCGCCCCACAACUAAACCGACACGGCCAGGUCCUACGCCACCGCCAGGGCCUACAAUAUAUCCUCCGACACGGCCGCCAGGUCCUACGCCACCGCCAGGGCCUACAAUAUAUCCUCCGACACGGCCGCCAGGUCCUACACCACCGCCAGGGCCUACAAUAUAUCCUCCGACACGGCCUCCAGGUCCUACACCACCGCCAGGGCCUACAGUAAGUCCUCCACCUCCAGGUCCUACAACGAGUCCACCGUUUCCAACACCGUCUCCACACUAUAAACCGUGGUUUCCAGACCCGCAGGAGAAAAUAGAUCCUGAAAAAAUAUUGAAUCGAACAGUCAGAAGAGCGUUGAACCCCUGCAACGAUUUUUACUUUUUCGCAUGUGGUGAAGAAAAGGUGUCAACUCCAGAAAAGGAGUCAACUCCAAGCAUGGAAACCGAUGAUAAUAUAGUAUUGACGAAAACAAUGAUUGAAAAAAAAUAUAAUGAUAUACUCGGUAAACCCGAAACAGCCGAGGACAUUGCACCACUGAAGUUGGCCAAACAACUGUAUAACCAAUGUGAUGAAAAAAAGCCCGGCGACUCCAAUGAACUUCAAGAACUGAUUACAAAAUUUGAAAGACUUCGCAUCUUAGCAGAUAGUAAAGCUGUACUGAAAAGUUUUUAUGAAACUGCACUCGAUAAUGGAUAUCUUCCGAAAUCUUUGUUCAUAAUCGAUAUGGUCACAGACAAGGAAUCUAACAGAUAUGUAUAUAUAAGAAAACCGUCACCUGAGAGCAAUUUUUACGGUUGGCCUUUGGAUACUACAUCAUUACGCGUAGAUACGAAAGAAUUAGAAAACGCGUUGAAAAAAGAAAAAAAUGCAGCAAAUUAUGAAAAAUACAUUCAACCCGGAUACGAAACAGAAGAAAAAGAUAUUGCAAACGUUUACAGCAGUGAAUUUGAACCGGAACCAUAUGAAGCUACGAUUCAAACAUUUGGAAUUACGGUGGAUGGUUUUCCAUUGGUAGACAUAAUUCGCAAAACUUUUUCACCGUCGUUGAUUAAUGAUGAUCAAAUAAUCAGGGUGGAAUGUUUGGCAUGCCUGAGGAAUGUACUGGCCAUGAGCGUUGUAAAUAAUAAAGAAUCACUUCUGACGUACUUGAUACGGCACGCGUUGGCAGAUAAUUUAUUGGAUACUUCAGAACAGGCAGUUGAGGAUUGGAUUAAAGAACGAUUUGGUACAACUGAACCCAUUAAACGUUAUAAGGCUUUGUUUUGUUCUUCAAAAACAGUCAGCUUAUUCAAAAAAGCGAUGGAUUAUGCAUACAUUAAAAACUAUGUCGAUCCAAAAAAGAACGCUCUCAUAGAUGAAAUUGUCCAAUUCUCAAAAACUUCAUUGAAAAAUCUCGUACAGACAUCAUCAGGCCUGGAAGAGCCGAAAAAGGAAAAAUUCAAUAAAAUCAUAGAGACCUUCAAAGUCUAUACACCUCUUCACGGAGACCUAAACAUUUCAAAAGACGUAACAGAUUACUAUUCUGGCUUACAGCUGGAUGCAGCGUCUUACUGCAAAUCAUUAGAAAUCGUUAGGAAAUUUGUGAUGGAUCGUGCCGCAAAAAGAUUCCGGUUAAUAGAUGGCUUCAAUGUACCAAUACAGGCAUACAAAUUUAUGUUUGGAGAAAAAUUUAUGCGCUAUGAUAGAGACGUAAAUUCCGCUUACUUGUCGGUGAAUGCUUUGCAAGAUAUGUUUUUAUCACCGGACAGAUCAGCGUUUUUGAAUUUUGGAGGUUUUGGAUCAAUCAUUGGAUAUGCAUUAUCUCAAUCUGUCAUUAGCAAGGUUAUCAAAGAGGCAGAUAAGAAGAAUCUCGUACAAUCAGUUUAUUUGGGUAUUCCUGCGGAUGCGGCUGGGAAUAAAGAUAAUUUUACAGAAUGUUACGUAAACGCCUACAAGAAACACAGCUAUCCGUCCGCGAAUGAAACCGAUAUGCUGAAUAAAAAGCAGGAAAAAGCAAUCGUAUACGAAAGUGACGGCGUACAAGUCGCGUAUUUUGCGUACAAGGACUUUCUUGGAGCCAAAAAUGACACAGUUUUACCUUCGUUUGUAAAUUUUACGGAUGGCGCCAUGUUUUAUAUUAGUUAUGCAAAUAUGGCACGCGCUAGAGAUCCACUACUAAUCAAAGAAGAAGAUUACAUCCGAGCAUAUGCUAAAGUAAACGUAAUGGCUAAAACCAGCAAGGAAUUUGAUCGUGAAUUUAAAUGUGACGGCAUUGCGAUCGAUAAAUGUAAUGUUUGGUUAAAAGGGAGUUCAAAAAAGGCUAAAUUAAGAGAACAUUUCGACCUUUUUAUGCGAUAAAAGAUGAUUCUGUAAUAAGAAAUGCUAUACCUACUUAUUUCCUCUCGAUUAAUGGCCAGCUGAUACUAAGAAAUCUUGUAGAUUUAGUUUCAUGUUAAACACCACCGCCAUUAGAUAUGUGAUAUGGAUUACAUAAGGUAUUCUGCUUGUGUUUUUCAACGUUCCAUCUUUCUUCUUGUUUUAUUUGUGAGUAAUAUUGGAACUACAUAUGUAAAUGCAUUGAGGUUUUUUUGAAAUGUGUUCUUCACUCUUUUCUAUGUGUUUUUUCAUCUUCUUUGAAUAAACUGUUUUCGAGUA